GUCAACGGAACAAUGCUUUUUGUCGCGAGAAAAAAGACGGUUAAUGUAAUUCGUCUGAUGCUGCUUCUGUUGGGUUUCAUGGAGGAUGUCACUGGACAGCUAACAUAUUCGGUUUCGGAAGAGGUAGAACCAGGAACCACUGUGGGUAAUAUCGCCAAAAACCUAAACAUCAACAUUCAGGAGCUUCAGUCACGUGUGUUUCAAGUAGUCUCCGGUUCCAAGACAAAGUAUUUUGAGGUAAAUUUAGACACCGGGCUAUUAUAUGUUAAUGAGAGAAUAGACAGAGAAGUCAUUUGUCCAAGUACCACCAAAUGUGUAGUUAAUAUGGAAGCUAUCAUUCAUAAUCCUUUGAAGGUUUAUCGUGUUGAAAUAAAUAUUUUAGAUAUUAAUGAUAAUUCGCCAUCAUUUAAAUCUGAAUCGCAAUCAAUAAAUAUUGCAGAGAGCACCUUACCAGGGGUUAGAUUUCCUUUACGUGGCGCUCACGAUCCGGAUGUCGGGAAAAACGCAAUUAAAACGUACAAACUGAGCCCCAGUGAGCAUUUCUCACUAACGUUACACUCCAGGAGUGAACAGAGUGUAUCUGCUGAGUUGGUGUUGCAGAAGCCUCUGGACCGAGAGAAACAAUCUGUGAUUCAGCUGCUUUUAACUGCUGUUGACGGUGGGACUCCGCCGAAGUCUGGCUCAUCGGAAAUUAUAAUUAAUAUUCUGGAUAUUAAUGAUAAUACUCCAGCAUUUAGCAGCUCAUUGUAUAAAGCCCGUAUUUACGAAAAUGUUCCAAUUGGAACUUCUCUAAUUACACUGAAUGCAACCGAUUUGGAUGACGGGAUAAACAGUGAAAUUGUGUACCUGUUUAGUGAAGAUGAGCAGGAUCUAAUUUUCGAUAUUUUCCGUAUAGACCCCACAAGUGGUACUAUUACAGUUAAAGGGAAUAUUGAUUAUGAGUUGAAUACCGCCUUUGAAAUCCGUGCAGAAGCGCAUGACAAAGGCCAGCCUCCGAUGGCCGCGCACUCUAAAGUGCUUGUUGAAGUAAUUGAUGUUAACGACAAUUCUCCGGAAAUUUUAGUGAAACCACUUUUAAACACAGUUCAAGAAAAUGCAAAAGUGGGUACCGCAAUAGCACUUGUGGAAAUUCUUGAUAAAGAUGGUGGUCAGAACGGCGUUGUGAAUUGUAAAAUAUCUGGUGAAGAAUCGUUUAAAUUACAUACAAACUAUAAGAAUUAUUAUUCUUUAGAAGUGAACGGACCUCUGGACAGAGAGAGCGCUUCUCAGUACAACGUCACCAUCAUAGCUACGGAUGAGGGGAGCCCGCCUCUGUCCAGCACCAGCGUUUUUGCGAUACUGGUCUCUGACGUAAAUGACAACGCGCCGCAAUUUUCCCAGCCAGAGUUUAAUAUUCAUGUAGAUGAAAACAGCCCAGUUGGAGCUCUUUUACAAACGGUGACGGCGUUCGAUGCUGAUGCAAAUGAAAACGCACAAGUUACAUAUUCUUUAAUGGACGGUAACAGCAAAGGAGCCCCUGUCUCCACCAUGAUAAACAUAAACUCUCUUACUGGAAGUAUAUAUAGCUUGCAGGCUUUUAACUAUGAAGAUAUUAAAAAUUUCCAGUUUCGAGUUCUUGCGACGGACUCUGGUGUCCCUCCACUAAGCAGUACAACGACUAUUAACGUUUUUAUCCUGGAUGUGAAUGACAACAGCCCUGGGAUUCUUCCACCCUAUUCUGACCAGGGCUCCGUUCACACGGAAAGCAUUCCCUACGCUGCGGAAGCUGGUUACUUUGUUGCCAAGAUCAGGGCUGUGGAUGCCGACUCUGGAUAUAAUGCUCUGAUUUCUUUUCACAUUGCAGAACCAAAAGGAUCCAAUCUAUUUAGAAUUGGAACCAGUACCGGAGAGAUAAGAACUAAAAGGCGAAUGAGUGACAAUGAUUUGCGGACCCAUCCGUUGGUCAUUUUGGUUUCUGAUAGCGGAGAUCCUUCUCUUUCGUCCACAGUGUCUGUUGACGUUGUUGUUGUUGAAAAUAAUGGGGAUUUAAAGACUAAGUUUAAAGAAAGACCGCUGAAAGAAGAUCAGUUUUCGAGUUUACACUUAUACCUGCUCAUCGCCAUUGUGUCAGUUUCUGUGAUAUUUUUACUCAGCAUCUUCAGUCUAAUAGCAUUGAAGUGUCACAGGACAGACGACUCUUUCGGCAGAUACAGCACCCCAGCGAUCACCGCCCACCCCGACGGAAGCUGGUCUUACUCUAAAUCCACUCAGCAGUAUGACGUGUGUUUUAGUUCAGAUACACUGAAGAGUGAUGUAGUAGUUUUCCCAGCAGGUUGUCCGCCUCUAGAUGCAGAUUUAAUCAGCAUUAACGAACUCGACAAUUUCAAACAAAAUCAAACGUUACCCAAAAGUGAAAAGGUAAGAAUAUAA